UCCAACUUGGUUGAACUGAGACUCAUUAAAUUAUUCUCAAGUAUUUUCUGACCAACAAGUGAAUAAUUAAAUUAAUGAUGCUUCUUCGUAGCUCUUCAAGUCCAUUAUUGAAGCAAUAUUAUUCAUGGCUACCACAAUUAUCCCCAGAACCAAAAUACUUGUCAAGAUCAUCUACAUCACUCUCAAGCUCAUCACUAGAUUCAAUACCAAAGAUGUCCAGAGCUUUGUCUGAAACUGAUCUUAAACUGUUCAAUAGGCCAUCAUCUUCAAGCAAUUGUUGCAUGGCCAUGCCCAACAUACUUCCUAUCACAGUUGAUGAAGAAACAUAUGAAGAGGAGAAAGAAGAUGAGUUUGAAACGGGUGACGGGAGUGAAGUUGAGGAAGAGAAACACACGAGGGCAGUGGAGCUGGUGGUUGACGGUGGUGGAAGUGGAGGAGCCGGUUGUGGAAAGAAAUGUGGUGGUUGUGGAGGUGGUGAUGAUUCUGAUGGUGGAAAUGGUGAUGGUUCUGAGUAUUGGGAUUCGUCAAAUAAUGGGAGUGAUAGUAUUGAUUUGUAUUACACAAAGAUGAUUCAAGCUAAUCCUGGGAAUUCACAGCUUCUUGGAAAUUAUGCAAGAUUCUUGAAAGAGGUCCGUGGAAACUUGGUGAAAGCAGAAGAAUAUUGUGGGAGAGCAGUUUUGGCAAAUCCAACUGAUGGAAAUGUACUUUCAUUAUAUGCUGAUUUAAUUUGGAGAUCCCAUAAAGACGCCCCUCGUGCUCAAAACUACUUUGAGAAAGCUGUUAAAGCUGCACCAGACGAUUGUUACGUGUUGGCCUCCUAUGCACAUUUUCUUUGGGAAGUAGAGGAUGAAGAGGAAGAAAAAGAACAAGAACAGAGACAAGAUCAAAUGAGCCAUAAUAUUAACUUAUCAGAACCUAGUUUCUUCAUAUAACUCACCCCAUCUAAGUUUAGUGUCUCUAUAUAUAUGUUAUAGCAAAAAUAAAAUUAACCUUCUAACAAUUUUUUGUUUUCUGUAUAUCUUUCACCCUUUUGGGGUUUCUUUUUGUAACCUUUCAUUUCCCCCGGCUACUAAAGCAUUUUGAAGAAGUAUAGUGGUCGCUCUUUCUUGGCUUGAUUGUAAUUAAGAAUGAAAUGAAAUUAUGUUCAUUUAAAAA